AUGGUCAUCGGUUUACUUGCGCUGACGUCUAUCCCGACCAUCAUCGGCGUGGGAAAUUCCGUGAGUGCACAGAAGAGAGAGAAUGCUGCUCUGUCUAAGGAGCAGGAAAAGUUCCAGCUCACGGCUAUGCUACCUACGGAGGAAGGAGAGCUUCGAGAGGCAGCGUUCUGCGUGCUGGUUGACGGACAGAUCUAUCUCGACUUCCCCCAAAGACCAGUAGAAGGGCAGCGAUUUUGCGGCUACUACUUUCCAUACCCUAGCGAAGAGAAGCAUCGGGGGCUAGUGAGCUUCAUCUCAAACGACCCUCCGGCGCUCAACUGGAUUUACGUGGACGCGGAGACGCAUGCGUUGCGCUAUGGCGGCAGGAAGGACACUAUGGGCCAUACCAUUGGACCGUGGGGGUGGAGCGAAGAUGAGCACUUUCUCGACCUGGAAGAUGAUCCAGCCAAGUUUGUGGCGCGACGUCAGGACGAUGGACGAUGGGCCGUGUACUGGCACCCCACUGGAAGCAACGACAACGGCGACAGCUACAAGUCCAAAUGUCAACCAGUACGACUCAGACGGCGGAAGCUACUUGGAAUGGAGAGCCGUUAUGUCAGACACUGA